CUAGAGUAGGACUAGCACUCCACUGUCUAGCUGGGGGUUUGUAUUUAGUACUUGUGUUAUUCUGCUGCAAUCUUUUUUUGCCAUGGCCCUUGUCAGCCUUUUAAGGGUUUAUUGGAUUUGCCUUUUCCUGUUUAGCAGUGGGACUUCUGCUCCAUUAACUAGAAGUGGUUCAAUUCUUGUACAAUGACAGCUAUUUCUCCUCCUGCGACACCCAUUACGCUGCCAUUGAACUGUUUCUAUUAAGAUCAAACAUUUCAUUUUCUAAUUAAAAUGGCUAGCUCAUCAUCCAGGGAAGAUGAACUGAACCAAGACUCGUCUAGCCUUGAAUAUCUCGAAGAGUCCAGGGUGCCGAGAGCAUCAAGCAGGAAAUCUGGUUCUCUUGACCAAGCUUUGUCCCUUUGGGCCUCUGGCAUGUACAAGCAGGGCACCAUACCUUCAUAUUAUCUUACGCUCCAGGACCCUGAUAAACCCCUUGAAUAUUUCACCAAACCUCAGGAACUGUCCAUGACCGGGUUGGUGGACCAGAGAGCUUCUUCUGGUGGUCCCAGCGAAGAUGUGCCAGAAAACGAGGGACAUCUCAUUGAGCCCAGGGCCCUCAAGACGUCUCCCGCCAAAGCCUCCCCCUCGCUCUUGAUGUCCAAAGAAGGCUCCAUGCUGCCAUUAAAUCCCUUGCAACAGGGCUCCGGUGGAGCAGGUGCGCCCAACCAAGAGGCACCACAGGGAAAGGGAGUGUCUGCAGUUGUAGCCGGUGCUCAUCAACUGAGCUCAGGGACCUCUCAAGAACUCUCUGACUGGACCAGACGAGCCUAUUCACCGAGCAAUGAAGUUGACUCUGAGGUGUCCGCCUUCUACCAGCAGGGUGACGGCUUUGAAGCUCUUCUGCCUCAGUUUGAAGUCUCUGACCUGCAGGAGCCUCAACAAGGCGUCAGUGAGCCCAGGGAACAGAAGAGGUGCCAUGCUCUUAGCCAAGCUUCCUCCUCUUCCUCCAUGUCCAAACAGGGCUCUGGUGGAGCAGGUGUUUGGGAGGUUGCUGAGCUUGAGGCAAAAGACCAAUCGAACUACCUGACCGCCUGGAACAUGGAAGGCUAUUCACCGAGCAAUGAAUAUGACUCUGCGAUGGCAGCCUUCUACCAGCAGGGUGACGGGUCUAAAGUCUCUGACAUGCAGGAGCUUCAACAAGGAGUCAUUGAGCCUUUGGGUGAUGGUUCUGAAGUCUUUGACAUGCAGGAGCUUCAACAAGGAGUCAUUGAGCCUUUGGCUGACGGUUCUGAAGGCUCUGACAUGCAGGAGCUUCAACAAGGAGUCAUUAAGCCUUUGGGUGACGGUUCUGAACACUCUGACAUGCAGGAGCUUCCAUCAGGCGUCAGUGAGCCUUAUUCACCCAGCUUCAUUAUCCAGAUCAGGAGUGGCUACCAACGGUCCAGACUGAGUGCCACCUCAGACCAAUACUCCCUCAACCAAGGUCCUGAGGCAUUUGGGGUUUAUCCUGAAGACUGGGACAACUACCAGAUGCCAAGCUCUAUCAAGUGA